AUGCCUGACGCAGCAAAAAGGAACCGGGUUGCAGCUAUACUAAUCUACACGGCGUGGAACAUUUGGAAUGAGCGGAAUAGGCGCAUCUUUCAGGGAGUCGUUCAGGCACCGCAAAGAAUUCUGGGGCUCAUCAAGGAGGAGAUGGCGCUCCGGCAGCAGGCUUCAUUUGGCGUCCCCAUCGCGCUCCGCCCGGCGUCCGUCGCCGCCGCCCGCCGCCUCUUCAACACCGGGGGCGCGCGGUUCCGCCGCGACGACGACGACGACUACGAGGAGUCCAGCGGCGACGAGGACGUACGCGCCGCGCCGCCCGUGAAGGUGUGGGCGGACCAGGACGCCCUGGUGAUCGCGGGGGAGGACACCGGCGACGACGACGAGGAGGGCCCGGCGCGGUACGGCGGCUGCAUCGCGCUAUCCUGGGACGCGUUCAAGAUGGACCGGAUCAAGGCGGAGAUGAAGGACGGGGUGCUCAAGGUCAACCUGCCCAAGAUCAAGGUCGAGGACCGCAAGGACGUGUUCCAGGUCAAGGUCGAGUAG